AUGUUAGAAGGUGAUGAUCCUUUAGAAGAUUAUCAGGUAGUCGAUGGAAGUUCCAUUCUGCUUGAAACGAGAUCUUCAAGGUCGCUUCCAUCGCGCGACUUGGUAGACGAUCGGCAGGCGUGGCCCUUCUUUCAUCGCCUCAGAAAGGACUUCAAACAGAAGACUUACAAGGACCCACAGGAUCCCAACGUUAUUUUGGAGGUGGAUGACAAGAUUGAUGCCGCGGCCAAAGAGGAAGGGCGGCGAUCAAGUGUGAGCAGCGAGUGCAAAUGGUACGCCGCCACCGUGGUUCAAGUGGAGGGCUCCAGAUUGCUGGUGCAGUUCCACAAUCGGCCCAAGCCCAAGGGGGCUCAAUUGGAGUCCACCGACUUGGUGCUGGAGGGCCUUACGCCUGAGCUGAUUGAGGUGGGGAUGCAGUACGAGUCUCUUGACAGUCGUGGUUGCUGGCAUCAGGUCCGAAUCACAAGAAGGAACUUGGACCCACCAGACACGUAUGAGGCGCAAUUGCUGGAUGAGAACACCACGUGGCCGGUCGUCCAGCCCGGCAACAUCCGUGAGCUGUGCGCAUUGACGGAGGAGGCGAAGAAAGCCUUCAAGAAGGUCUUUGCAAGGUAUGCCAACAAUGACAUCAUCGAAGGCUUAUCCUGUAACAUCCACAGUGUGAUGACCAAGAUUCUGGCUAUCUCGGCUAUCUUGGUCCCCAUCUGCGCCCAAACUUUGGGUCAGGAUUUUUUGACACAGAAGCAAGAUGUGGCGGCACCUUUGAAAGUGCAAGCUGGACAGCCCGCCAACAUAGCAGCAGAGAAAGUGCCGCGUGCAGCGUCAGACGCUAAAGCGGCAGCCCAGGUGGCGGAACAGGCGGCCCGCCUGGCCACCCAAGCGGCCGCCGUGGCCACUGCCUCCGCGGGCACGGCCGCGACAUCGGCCACCUCGGCCACCUCGGCGAACGUCAAGGCGGCCACUGCAGCGGCCACCGGUGGCGACCCCGUGGCCUCCGUGGCAGCUGCGCAGCUGGCGACGCGGGCAGCAGCAUCUCAGGCCGGCGUCGCCGCUGCCGCUGCCGCCCAAGCAGCGCGCCUCGCCUCCCGCGCCGCACAGUCGGCCUCCGCCGCCGCGGCCGCCGCCUCCGCGGGAAACGCCACGGUGGAGACAGCGGCGACGGCGUCGGUACCAGCUUCCAACCAGGCGGUUCUGUCGAAUGCCCUGCAGGCUGCCAGCAUCCCGGGCAGUUCCCCGGUGCUGCAGUGGCAUCCCUGGCACCCUUUGCAGAUCUGGUCGCAGCUGUCGACUUUGGAACGGCUGUUGACGGGAAUCUCUUUCGCUGGGAUGAUCAAAGCUUUGUGCAUGGCUGGUAACAUCUUGGUUCAGGUGAGUCCAUAUCCUCAGGUUCAACGCUGGGAGUUGCGCGGCUGCACGGGUGAGUCAGAUCCUGCCCCUUACGUCUCGAUCGCCUUCGGUGGAUGGCAAUGGUGCUACUACGGCUUCUUUGCCUACUUUGUCACAGCUCGAAGUGGCUUCCUGAUCCUGGUCCAUUCCAACAUCUUGGGCGCCAUCCUGGGCACGUACUACACCAUCACCUACUACCGCAACUGCAAGCAUCCAGAUAUGUUGCAGAACUUGCAGAAGUACUUGGCGGCCGUGAUCUCCUUGGUGAUGCUUCAGCUGUGCACUCUCUUCAUGUUACCCGUGGAACGUGCACUCUUCAUGACUGGCCUGGUGUCAUCCUUUUGCAGCUUCGUCGGCGCGUUAUCCAUGCUCUUCGUGUUGCCUGCCGUGUUGAAAAACCAGGACAGUCGCGCUAUCCCCGGGCCCUUGGUGCUGGCCAACUUGAUUAGUGCCAUUGUGUGGUGCAUCUGCGGUGCUAUGCUGUCAGAUCCUAUGAUCGCAGCCCCCAACUUUGUCUGCUGUGUCUCAUCGACGUUGUGCCUCUACUUGAAGUUCCUUUACCCCUCGCCGGAGGACCUGCGACCGCAGCCAGGGCCGGAGAAGGAGGAGAAGAAAGGUGCACCAGGUGCACAGGCGACGCGCCGUGUUCGUCCAAGGCCAUGGAAGUUGGGCCAUGGCGGCCAGCCCCCCGAAGCCACCGAAGCCACGCCCCUGGCGGACUGCGACUGCGGCACCGGAGGGAUAAGCAUAAUCCAGCAGGAGAAAGAUCGCCAGCUACGCUGGACAUUCGGCGGUGCUGACUCUCCCAAGGUGGCCCAGCUUCUCAAGGAGCCCUUUGGCACAGAAGCAGGUGUCAAGUUGGAUGGUUUCCUGGAAUACUGGCGACAGCAGAUUGCGGCCUCCGGCAACAAGCUGAACUACUGGCUGCAGCAGGAACUGCUUCGUCUCUUCCAGCGCGCGGGCGUGGAGAUGGGCAAUGAGGAGGAUCAACUGCUGGCGCAAGGCCGCGAAUGGAUCGAGCGUGAUUCCACUCGCCUAGCGCAGUAUCGGACCAACACGAUACCCUCCUACCAGGACAUCCGCGACUUCCGGGACUUUCGGAUCUACGACAAGUUGGACUGUCGCUUCGGGCGCGAGUGGAAGCAGGCCGAGGUCAUGGAGGUGGACUGGGAGGAGAUGACCAUCUUGGUCCAGAGCAGAGAUGUGAACUCUGUUGCCUCACCCACCACCAAAGCUCAGAGGCAAUGGAUCCCCAUGGAAUCCGAUCGUUUGGCUGAGUACGAAACGAAGAGCCUGGAAUCCCCCGAACAUGAAGGCGAUCCAGGACCUUUGUUGGCCCGAUCCGUCAGCCGCGGCGGCGUUUGUCCGCAGCCCGGGGCCUGUGGACUGCAGAACUUGGGCAAUACAUGCUUUAUCAAUUCCACCUUGCAAUGUUUGUCCAACUCCAUGGAAUUGCGGACCUUCUUCGCAGGCACUUCAGGAGAAGCUCCUCUGUACCUGGACCAGAUUUCCGCCUCGCCCUUGUCCACGCAGGGACGAAUCGCACGGGAGUUCAGCAAGCUGUUGCGCGACAUGUGGUCCAACGAGAACAAGAGUGUGGCGCCAGCCACCUUGAAGAAACUCAUCGGACAGAAGAGACCCGAGUUCGCAGGAUAUCAACAGCACGAUGCGCAAGAGCUUCUCUGCUACUUGCUCGAUGCACUGCACGAGGACGUGAACCGCGCCAGCUAUCCGUAUCCCACCGAGGAGGAGGACGAGAAAACGAAAUCUGACGAGGUGAAAGCACGGGAGAUGUGGGCGAAACACAAGAGGCGGAGCGAUUCCACCAUCGUAGAUCUCUUUCAGUUCCAAAUUCGUUCCGAAUUGACGUGCCCUGUGUGUUCUCGAGUGAGCGUUACUUUUGAUCCCAUCAUGUAUCUCACACUGCCUGUGCCCAAGCCUCCACACUCGGUGCCUCUGACGGUCCUGUUGAGCGACUUCCCUCGGAGCCCUCCACGUACCAUGGAACUGGAGGUGGAAAAGAGUGCCACGAUCGAAGAGCUGGAGAGUGCUCUGUGGAGGGCACUGCAGAGAACCCCUGCUGAAGUGCCGUCGUGCUUUUGUUUCGCCGAUGUGUACUACGGUCGAAUCUAUCGUCAGUUCGAUCCACAAAACUUGGUGAGUGACUUCCGACAGAACGACAACAUCGUAGCUUUCGAGGUGCCGCUUUGUCCUGGCGUCCGGUUGCAGGAUCAUGUCUUUAUCCCGUUGGUGUGCCGGAAGAAGCAGAAGCCCACUCAGUUCUCCUCCCAGACAUGGCAAUACGAGAAGUUCGAACCCCCGCGCAUCGUGGCAGUACCCAGAGAUGCUUCCAAUGGAGAGGUCUUCAAGCAGUUGAAGGACAUGGCCGAAUACUUGCUGGAAUCCUGUCAAAUCGAACAGCCCUGGAACUUCGAAAUCCUCACAAAUGUGGACAACUAUGCCACCAAAGCUGGUGAUUUGUUGCUCGAAGAUCAUGGACUCUUCCUGGCGCCCCAGCAAUUGGCAAUCGAUUUCGACGAGCACGCAGAACAACUGAAGGAGUUGCUGCCCAAGGCCACGAAACGCAGCCAGGCUGGGCCUGGCACCACACUCAGCGCGUGCUUGGCCAAGUCCAUGGAGCGCGAAGUGCUUUCUGAGAUGGACAGCGUUUACUGCAAGAAGUGCAAGGAGACCAACGAGCAUCGAUGUCAGACCAAGAAGUUGGAUCUUUGGUCCUUACCAGUGUGUUUGAUCGUCCACCUCAAGCGCUUCGGUCGGGAGAGAUUAGACGGCCCUUUGGUGAAGAUCGGAUGCUCCGUGGACUUUCCCAACGAGUUGGACUUGGAGGAGUACAUGUGCCAAAAGGGCGCGAGAUCUGCGAGUUCCACGCGCUAUGAGCUCUACGGGGUCAUCAACCAUCAUGGCAAUGUGGGAGGUGGUCACUACACGGCCAAUGCUGUGGUAGUACCCCCAAGCGCCAAGACGCUGGAGUUGGGCGAAUGGUUCAACUUCAAUGACUCCAUCGUCAGCAGGGCAACUCGUCUCGUGCUCGAGCACAGCAGCUGGAUGGGUGUUUGA